AUGUCGUCCUCAUCCAAGACGUACCCAUGCGAGCGCAUGGCGGCAAAGACACCUACCGAAGCCACUCCGUCUCCGCGUUCUGGGGUUGAAGAUUCAACCGAGACUCUCAAGGGCCUCAAUAUCGAGCCCAUCACCAGAAACCCCCCAGUUGCAACUCCGGCGCCACUGCCCAGAGAUAGACCGGGAAUAAAUGCCUUGCAACGGGGUAUUACAGUUUUCGACCACGACCAUCCACCCAACGCACUAACGACCCGUCUUGAAGCUGCUCACAUCAUUCCAUUUGCUCUUGGAUCGAUUCGGGCCAGUGACAGCGAGACCAGCGGUUUCACAAAGAAUUCGGUCAAUUCAACAUCGUUUUUGGAAGCAGCCGGCGUGCCUCACCAGUACCGGAUCAAGGCCUUUCCAGGGGCGGUCCCAACAAGUGUACUACCUGAGUUGCCCGAGAACUCGCUCGUCGCUUUCAAGGUCCCAAGAGGAAGCUUGGGAACUUCCAGACCCCGAUUUCUCCAAAUCCACGCGUGUAUUGGCAACUUCCUACAUAUGAGUGGCCAGGGGGAGAUCAUCGACAAGAUUCUGAGAGAUUUCGGCGACUGUGGUGGGCUUGCGCCCGAUGGAGGCACCAACCUCGAGGACCUUCUUGCCGGUCAGCAGCCUCUCGCUACUAAGGUGAAAGAAAGUCAACCUGAGACGCCCGGUGACCCAAACUCUGCAGAAAAGCAACGUGACAACGUCCCCGGGGGAAGCAAGGCUCUGGCACCGGGAAUAAACCAUGGGCAUAGGAGAACGGUUGUCAUGGUCGCUGUGGGAAGUUAG